AUGGACAAAAAACACGAGGAUGUUGGGGGCGUGGCACAGAUUGACAAGACGUCCGUCUUCCAAGAAGCGCGAGUCUUUAACCAGAGUCCUGUGUCGCCGCGCAAGUGCAGAGUGAUCCUCACAAAGCUGGCCCUGCUGCUCUUCACUGGCGAGAGCUGGGGACGACAAGAGGCCACCACCCUCUUCUUUGGCAUCUCCAAGCUCUUCCAGAACAAAGAUGCCUCGCUCCGCCAGAUGGUCUACCUGGUCAUCAAGGAGCUCGCCAGCUCAGCCGACGAUGUCAUCAUGGUCACCUCGUCCAUUAUGAAGGACACGUCUGUAGGCAGUGACGUCGUAUACCGGCCCAACGCCAUCCGCGCCCUCUGCCGUGUCAUUGAUGCCUCGACCGUGCAAGCCAUUGAACGUCUCGUCAAGACGUGCAUAGUCGACAAGAACCCCUCCGUCGCCUCGGCUGCGCUCGUCUCGUCAUACCACCUCCUCCCCGUCGCAAAAGAUGUGGUUAGGAGAUGGCAGUCUGAGGCUGCUGAAGCUGCGUCGGGCAGCAAGUCUGGUGGAUUCUUGGGAGGUUUUGGAGGCGGUUCACACAACUCGCUCCAGGCCAGCACAAACUACAUGACACAGUACCACGCCAUUGGCCUGCUGUAUCAAAUGCGCUCUGGCGACAGGAUGAGCUUGGUCAAGAUGGUGCAGCAGUACUCGGCGGCUGGUGUAGUCAAGAGCCCUGCUGCAACGGUCUUGUUGGUCCGCCUGGCAGCCAAGUUGGCUGAAGAGGACCCCAAUCUGCGAAAACCCAUGAUGCAACUCCUCGAUGGAUGGUUGCGUCACAAGUCGGAAAUGGUCAACUUCGAGGCUGCAAAGGCUAUCACCGACAUGCGCGAUGUCACCGACGCUGAACUCGUCCAAGCUGUCCACGUCCUCCAGCUCUUCCUUACUUCUCCUCGCGCCGUCACAAAGUUCGCUUCCCUCCGCAUCCUGUCACAGAUGGCCUCUUUCAAGCCAGACGCCGUUCGGUCGUGCAACCAAGACAUCGAAUCUCUCAUCACAAACUCGAACCGCAGCAUUGCCACAUUCGCCAUCACUACGCUCCUCAAGACUGGCAACGAGUCUUCGGUCGACCGGUUGAUGAAGCAAAUUACUGGCUUCAUGGCAGAAAUCACCGACGAAUUCAAGGUUACGAUUGUCGAGGCGGUCCGAACAUUGGCUUUGAAGUUCAAGGCCAAACAGUCCGGCUUCCUUGCUUUCCUCAGUGGUAUUCUACGGGACGAAGGCGGCUAUGAAUUUAAGAGAGCGGUCGUCGAGGCUAUCAUGGACCUUAUUCGCUUCGUACCCGAAGCCAAGGAAGAUGCGUUAGCCACACUUUGCGAGUUCAUUGAGGACUGCGAGUUCACCAAAUUGGCUGUCAGGAUCCUCUUUGUCCUCGGCCGUGAGGGCCCUUCGACGCCCCACCCCACAAAGUACAUUCGCUAUAUUUACAACCGUGUUGUCUUGGAGAAUGCCAUUGUCCGGGCCGCGGCCACAUCUGCGCUCGCCAAGUUCGGUGUAGGACAAAAGGAUCCCGAGAUCAAAAAGUCUGUCCACGUUCUCCUCACUCGCUGUCUGGACGAUGUGGACGAUGAGGUGCGAGAUCGUGCCGCCCUCAACCUCCGCUUGAUGGACCAAGAUGACGACGAGAUGGCAAUCAAAUUCAUUCGCAACGACUCCAUGUUCUCGCUGCCUGUCCUGGAACACCAACUCGCCAUGUAUGUCAGUUCCGACUCGCGAGACGUUUUCGAAACCGCAUUCGAUAUCACCAAGAUUCCGACUGUGUCUCGAGAGCAGGCCGACGCCGCAGACCUCACCAAGAAGACGGAAGGCGCCACACCCACUCUCAAGGCGCCCAGCGCAACAAAGGCACCUGCCAAAGGUGGUGCAGAUGCUGCUGCGUCUGCGGCUUCGAAUGCACAAAAAUAUGCUGUGGAGCUACAAAAGAUUCCAGAAUUGGCAGCCCACGGCACUGUUCUCAAGUCGAGCGAGGUAGUCGAACUCACCGAAUCGGAGACCGAGUACGUCGUCACAGCCAUCAAGCACAUUUUCAAGAACCACGUCGUUCUACAGUACGACAUCAAAAACACCCUGCCUGACACAGUGCUUUUGGACGUUGAAAUGGUCGUCACCGCAGAAGACGAGGGUGACGUGCAAUUGGAAGAGGAAUUCAUCAUCCCUGCACCCAAGCUCCCUACCAAUGAGCCGGGCACCGUCUACGUGUCCUUCAAGCGACUCGAAACAGAAUCCCAGUUUAUCUCCGCCAGCUUCACAAACGUACUCAAGUUCACAAGCAAGGAGAUUGAUCCCAGCACCGGUGAGCCAGAGGAUGGCGAUGGUUACCCAGAUGAAUACCAGGUGGAAGAUCUUUACCUCACGGGUGCAGACUAUGUUGUCCCUGCGUACGCAGGCAGCUUCGACAAUGUGUGGGAGCAAGCGAAUGGCGAAAAGGCAACAGAGACACUGCAAUUGGAGAAUGUGAAGAGUAUAUCUGACGCAACAGAACAAGUCACCAAGACGCUUUCCCUCCAACCACUCGAGGGCUCCGAUGUGGCGCUGUCUACCUCGACGCAUACGUUGAAGUUGUACGGUAAGACGAUUACGGGCGGCAAGGUUGCGGCCAUGGUGCGCAUGGCGUAUAGUGCGCGGACAGGGGUGACGAUGAAGAUUGAUGUAAGAAGUGAGGAGGAGGGUGUAGCGGCGCUGAUGGUGGCAAGUGUGGCGUAG